UUAGCCAAUAAAACAAACGCAUUUUCGAGCAAAAUCAUAUUUUUUGAUCAAAUUUAAUAAUAAUGAUGAUGUCCGAUAUUGAAUUGAAGAAUAUUGAUGCAAAUGGUGAUCCAUUUAUUCAACAACAUUCACCACCAUCAUCAUCAUCAUCGAAUAUGACUAUAAAUAAUUGUAAUAAUAAUAAUAAUCAAGAAUCGAUUUAUGUUGAAACAGAUUAUGGUCCAAUAAAUGUUGUUCGUAUUGGUGCACGAGAACAUUCAGGAAAACCAUAUAUAAUUACCUAUCAUGAUAUUGGCUUGAAUUUUCAUUCAAAUUUUCAGGCAUUUUUUAAUUAUUCCGAUAUGAAAUUAUUAUUAGAAUCAUUUUGUGUGAUUAAUGUAAAUGCACCCGGCCAGGAAGAGAAUGCAACAAUUUUAUCAUCAGAUUUUAUAUUUCCAACAAUGGAUCAAUUAGCUGAACAAGUUGAUUCUGUUUGUAAAUAUUUUGGUAUUGCAAAUUUUAUUGGUCUAGGUGUUGGCGCUGGCGCCAAUAUUCUAGCACGUUAUGCAUUACGAUAUCCUGAAUUAGUUGAUGGUCUAUUUUUAAUACAUCCAACAUCAACACAAUCAUCAUGGACUGAAUGGUUAUAUCAAAAAAUGAAUAUCUAUUAUCUUAGUUCAACUGUACAAAGUUUUUCACAAUCAAUGCAAGAUUAUUUACUUUGGCAUCAUUUUGGUAUUAUUAAUGAAGAUCGUAAUCGUGAUCUAAUUCAAGUUUAUAAAAAUUAUUUUAGUGGUAAAAAUCAUAUACCAAGAAAUUUAGCAUUAUUUCUUGAUACAUUUAUUCGUCGUACUGAUUUAAAUAUUGAACGUGGUAAUCGUGAACAAAAUUUUAAAUGUAGUAUAUUAAUAUUAUGUGGUUCACAAUCACCACAUGUUGAUGAUACUGUUAAUAUGAAUGGCCGAUUGAAUCCAGAAAAUUCAACAUGGAUGAAAUUAUCUGGUUGUGGUAUGGUAUUGGAUGAACAACCACAUAAAGUUGCUGAAGCAUUUCGUUUAUUUAUACAAGGUAUUGGUUAUGCAUUAACAUCAUUCGAACGAAGACGUUCAUCACGACAACAAAAUGGUGAUUAUGGUGAUGAUGAUGAAUAUGAUACAUCGAUACGUAUGCAUAUUGUUGAAAAUCCCAUACAGAAUUAAUUUUUCAAAGAAUUGUGUUAUUGUUACCUACCUACCUAUUAGUUUGGCUGAAAACAAAAAGAAUUUACAUUUUACAUAUGUUAAAAGCAUGAA